CUAUGCUUCUCCGCUUCAUUAUCGGACUUUCGUCCGUACUCUUAGUCACUGGACUCUUUAAUCCACUUCUUCCAACUCUUGGAGAUUACUUGCUCACGGAUCAACAAGUUCAAAAGUAUUUCUCAGUUGCUGGACCAAGUAAUUUGGCAAUUGGAACGUGUAAUAGUGUACCAUUUGCAUCUGCUCAGGCUGGAUUUGCUUCUUCCGUUGGUCUUGCUCCAACAACUACUUGGCGUGAAGCCAACAUUCUCACCAAUGCGACAAUCGGAAUGAUUGAUCAAGGAAUGGAUCAAUUGGCUGCGGUUUGUCAAGCUCGUCAGCAAUUCGUUCAAACUCUUGGUGCCGCCUAUGAUACUUGUACAGAUCGUUUCUAUUUGAUUUCAUUGGGUAACACUGAUUGGUGGAAUGUUAUGCAAUACACUCAUUUGAUGAAACAUUUGGAAUUUAUUUGUAGUACUGGAUUUGAUGUAUACCAGAGCAAUAUUGACUGCAUUCGUAAAGGAGAAACCACCGACGGAAACCAAUAUCGUGCAUGUUUCUACAAAUUCAAUGCCACCGUAAACGCCAAUCCAAAUAAUUUCUGUGGAGCCACCGAGACAUUCAUCGGAUGCAUCAAAGAUUUCUUCGAUACCGAGUGCAAUUUGUAUGUUGGAUGGAUGCAAUGCGAGUUGGAGAGAAUCGGAUUUGCUUAUGAUUGCUAUGGACUUUCUUGCUAGAAUUCAUUUUUUGAUUCUUAAUUUUAAUUGUCUACUCUUUAAAAAUGAAGAUUUUAAUCG